CGGCCCUGCCGCGGCCACAUCCCGGCAGCAGCGUCGCUCGCCGCGGGUCAACGCCGGCCGCCGCACACGUGCAAGGCCCGCACAACCUCUUGAGACAGCGCUUCGUCCACGAGCAGAAGAAGAAUCAUCCGCUUCGUCCGCGACCUGAAGCUCAAUCGCAGUCCUGGCGCAGCAGCACUCCCUGAUCCCCUUUCCUUGCAAAGAAGAAUGUACGUGCGCCAGAGUCUUGUGUUUUUUUUUCCUACCUAAACGUGGAUAAUAACUUCUGGGCCGAAACAUUUGACGCGUAUGUGGGCCGAAACAUUUGACGCGUAUGCGGUCUGGCAUUUUCGGUCCAUAUCAAACACGUACAAGAGGAAAACUCUGUUCUCCUGUGCACCGCUCUCAACUCUCCUUCCUGAAUAUCUGUAUGUAUGGAAACAGAUGAUCGUGCAUCUCCCGUUCUCCUCUCAACUUCUAGACGCAUCGUGCACAGAUGGAAACAUACGAUCGUGCAUCGUCCGUUCUCCUCUCAACUUCUGCACCAAGACGGAGUUGUUCCGCAAGCUGAAGCCUACAAAUAGUACUCCUACUCAACUCCGUCGACAGAACAAAUUUUACAAUCUCGUGAAGCCAACUUUCCGCCCCCCGUGUGCGUCAUUGCAUCGUUCUGCCGAGUACUUCAAGACUAUGUCCGCCAAAGUUGCACCCGAGAGAGUUGAGAUAGAAGCAGGACAAGAGAUGGCAGCAACCACUAUAGCCAAGUCAUCUGUUUCUGUAGAUGUAGAGAGAGUUGAGAUAGAAGCAGGACAAGAGAUGGCAGCAACCACUACAGCCAAGUCAUCUGUUUCUGUCGAUGUAGAGAGAAUUGAGGCAGGAGCAGGAGAAGAGAUGGCAGCAAUCACUGAAGUCAAGUCAUCUGUUUCUACGGAUGUCGAGAAAAGUGAGGAAGUAUCAGGAAAAGAUAAUAUGCCAGCCAGCAAGUCACCUGUUUCUAUGGAUGAGGAGGAAAUGGAUCUCAACAUUGAAUCAACCACUGUUGAUUAUUUUGAUAAUAGGCCUAUAAAAAAGGCCAAAAGUUCUAAAACAUGUGUUUCAGACGAUCCAUUGUCAUCUUUUACCAUCUCCACCGCAUCUAUCGUUUCGGAAUGUUCUGACUCUGUUAGUUCAGAAUUGAUGAAUGAAGAUCCAUUGCCUCCGUCACCAAACCAGCUGGCCUUAUCUCCGGUUUCAACGGAAGAUGAUAAACAUAUAACAAAUAAUUUAACAUACGAGUAUCUCCCACAAGAUUAUACAUUGACUCAAUUGGAUGAAUGCGCUCAUUGUGUUAUACAGUACUCCAAUGAAGAUGAUGUACUGGUAAAGAUAGGUGACAUAUCUAUCAGAAAGCGUUAUUUGGAGUGCCUUCUAGCAAGGGUCUGAGGGAUGUGGGCUGAGUGAGCAGCAGGUGCCCAGGUUCGCGGUGGAGAUGUUGCGUUCUAUACAAAAUUGAUAUUCCAUACUGCUAUAUCUACCGUAUGUGUGUGUGUGUGCUAGAAAAUAUUGGUGUAGAUCCAAUGAAGUCGGAUGCUUUGUCGUUUGAGCCUCACAAAUGUGUCUAUUCAGCCUAUAUUCUUUGCUGAUUAGAUCUGACAGUUCUUACAAAUUAGGACCAUAAUUGCCUAUUCAAAACUGAUUGAAACUUCUAGAAAAAAAACAGUGAAAAUAGCAUAUAUGGAAUAAAGAUAAGCUCCUUGGUGAUGUCCAAGUGUACCCAGAAAAGAGGAUUGUUGAGUUUUGUGCUGAAAUUUUGCUAAGAUGUAUGGCUUCAAGUUUGCAGUUGAUAAAUCAAAGAUGAUCCAGAGGUUGUGGCGUGAGAACUUUUCUGACCCAGCCAAAAAGAAACGGCCUUGCUCCUCUGGCUUAGCUGCGUGCAACAUGUGUUUUAUUCAGUUCUGCUAUUAGCAAAUCAAGAAAAUCAUCAGAGUCUAAAUGAAUGGUCAGAAGCAUAAGGUGUGGCCUCAUGUGUAUUUCCAUUCACUCCAUUUGUGUUAGCGACUUGGCCCUUCCGGUUCACCGACGAGACAAUAAGUAAGAAUAUGAAGUAGUUUUCUUUUUGUAGUAAACGUUCAUUGAGAUGGUGCUUGCUUUUGCAGUUUGGGUUGCUCAUCAACACAUUCUACAUGCUUGCUCUUUCCUCUACAUUUUUGAAGAACACGAUCAUGGGGUUAUGAUGUUGUCAGUCAUCGUCGUGUCAGAAUCUAGAAGAGAUAAUUUUUUCUUCAGAUUUUGAAGGCUACUGACGUCCAAAUUAAUUAGAGUGGAAGUAGUGUUGAAUACAUGAUCAUCGAUUUUGCUCGCUCUUC